AGUACAAGGAGCGAGGGACGGUCCUGGCCGAAGACCAGCUGGCCCAGGUGGGAGAUCCGGAACAACCGCGGCUGGGGGCCCAGCCGCAAACCCGGGCUUCGUUUCCUCCUCUGCUUCGGUGUCCGGAGCGCUGUGCGCGAGCAGCGCGGGUAACGACGGCGCCCGCGAGGCUGCCUUUCCUCCAGAGAGCUGUGAUGGUUGCUCCGGGUCUCGCUCUGCCUCCCUUCUCGAGACCCCAGCAACGUCUCACUUCUGUAGAACGGUUCCCACCCCACGUGCAUCGCAGAAUAGCUGCUGCCCCCCUUCCCAGCCUACCUCGUGGUUCAGAGCGGCCCUUUGCCUUGCCUUCUCUCCGCUGGUACUGGUUUGUAUUCAGUGUUAGAAGUGUACGUGUGGAGAAGGCCGAUUCCAGCGAGCCAUUUUUAUCUUGUUUCCUUCCUUUAAGGCCACUGGGGCCAUCUGCACCGCGUGGGCAGCACGUCAGAGGCCCGAGCGUUUCGUGAGGACUCUGCUUGCUGAGUGCCUGUUGGGGGCUGCGUUUACAGAAAAACUGCACUGAACAAGUGUUAAGGCAGAAACGCUUCUCCGCAAUUCUCUUUCAGAUGUCUAAGCAGCUGGACAUGUUUAAGACCAACUUAGAAGAGUUUGCCAGCAAACACAAGCAAGAGAUCCGUAAGAACCCCGAGUUCCGGGUCCAGUUCCAGGACAUGUGUGCCACAAUCGGCGUGGAUCCUUUGGCAUCCGGGAAAGGAUUCUGGUCAGAGAUGCUGGGAGUUGGAGACUUUUACUAUGAACUGGGUGUGCAGAUCAUCGAAGUUUGCCUGGCCCUGAAACACAGGAACGGAGGUCUGAUAACACUGGAAGAACUUCAUCAGCAAGUGCUGAAGGGAAGGGGGAAGUUUGCUCAGGAUGUCAGCCAGGAUGAUCUCCUUCGUGCAAUCAAGAAGCUGAAGGUCUUGGGGAAUGGCUUUGGGAUUAUCCCUGUUGGUGGGACGUAUCUGAUCCAGUCUGUACCAGCUGAACUGAACAUGGAUCACACUGUCGUCUUGCAGCUGGCAGAGAAAAAGGGCUACGUAACAGUCAGUGAGAUCAGAUCCAGCCUGAAGUGGGAGACGGAACGUGCAAAGCAAGUGCUGGUACGUAUGAAGGUCUCUUGUGGGCAGUGGAGUUCCAUGACAGCCUGGUGGCUGCUCCCACAGCCCUGCGGCAGAUGGGAGUGCCGGGGAUGCGUUAUCACGGCAUGCGUGGGGGAUCCUAAGCUCGCUGGUAGAGCAAAGGUGGAGUACACACUGUGUAAAGGUAGGCUGAGGAAAGCAGGACCUCAGAAGCUGCAGAUAUUCCUGUGGCUUCCCUGAUCCCCAUUAAAACUCAAAUCUUGUUAGCUCGGGUCCUACACAGACGUGCAUGGUGGGCGUGGCUGGAUGUCUGAACUAUAACUUCUCCUGGUCAAGCUGAGUAAAAAAUAAUUGUAGCCCAAGUUCUACACCUUCCCUUACCCUAGAAUGAAGGCGGGGUCAGGCUGCUAUUGUGAAUGGCCUCUCAGCCAGUUAAGUUUCACUC